GUCUCAGAGCAAGAUAAUGAGACCGAGACAGACAAGGAAGAGAAACUUCACACAGUCACUUGUACAUGUUACAUGCAUAAAAACACGGCAGUGAGGCCGUGACGGAGUUUUGCUGAGUGUUGCACCUUCGCUGGUCCCACAUGGCGUCUGGUAUCACCAGCAGAGAGGAAGAGCAGCCGCCAUCGCUGCCUGUCAAACAGCACAGACGUCCCUUCAGAGGCUUCAGCGGCGACUCUGACUUUGUUCCACUCAGCCCUUUAGGACUCACAUACAACGAUGUCUUCAAUGAACCGACUGACUGCCACGCGGCUCAGUGUCCCAUCCACCAGCGCUACGAUCAUUCUCUUCACCAGCUGAGGUUUUUCUCAGCUGGAACCCCACCACCUGUUCCAAAGAAGAGGGCGGCUCGCACCCUGUCUCUCCCCGCCAACAAUGCACCUCCAUCCUCCCCUCUGCUCCCACCGCAAAGACCUCCUCAAAAUUAUGACAACCCUUUGUACAUGCUGGCGCCCAUAUCUGCUGGCUGUGUUCCAGAGGAGAAAGAGGUCAAACCAGCCUUCUGGUCUUUCUCCCAGCUGUGCUUUGACACACCAGAUGAACAUCUGCCUCUCCUCUUCAGCAGCUUUGAGGACCAGCGGGUUGUCUCACAGGGGAUUCAGUGCCGUCAUCUACUCUUUCUGAAGAGCGUGGUGCAGCGUGUGGAGGCUGGGAUCCUGCUGCAGGAAGAGGUCCCUGAUAAGGACGCUGGCUAUCAGCCUCAGGAUUUCCUGCUAUGUGAAGACAACGAGGCAAAGCAGAUUGGAGAGGCAGUUUAUUACAGCCUGUGCAGCCCCAAGUUUCCAGGCAGAGUGCUUGGUUUAAGGGUCCUGAAACUGGAUGAGGCGGCUCCAUCGGUGUGCCCCAAACACCAGCCAUCACAUGUCAACGUGCACAGUGUCAUUGCACAUUUCCAACACAACAGUUUUUCACAGAGUGCCUCAGUCACCUUCCAGGCCAAAGGCACUGUGGUGACCUCUCCUUCAAAGUCAGACUGCCGUGCUGCUGAACCACCACAUGGAGGCAGCACUGAGAGCGUGUCCACAGUUCUGUCUUUCCUGCAGGGAGGUCACUGUGUGAGCAUUGAACGAGACCUGCCCUGUGCCACGCUGGAGGACUUUGUUGAGGAGAUGUGGGGCUCAGAACCUGCGGUCUAUGACAGACAGGUGUGUUUCCUGCUGCUGCAGAUAUUAAUGGGUUCACAGCAUCUGCACAACAGUGACACCAGCACUGAGCUCAGGCCCCAGGACAUCUUCCUGUUGUGGCCCAGAACAGGAGGAAACCAGACUGAACAGGUUGCUUCUGAAAUCAAAGAGGCCGUGAGAGGUGUCAAGACCAGAAACACAGAACAAAGUUACAGAUUAAAGGAGCAAACUGACUGGAGAAAAGAGAGAGUCCAGAUGCUGUUGAGGACAGAAGGUUGUCCUCGCGUGGUCUUACACGGCCUUUCUGCACCUCACAGCCGCACCUCUUUCAGAUCCCAGGUUGAAUCCAUAAUUCAGUACUGCCUGGACCCACCUCACAGCCUGAAAUCCCAGUGCUCAGAGGGAACUAGGUCCCAGUACCGAAGGGGUUUGCUGCGUCUGGCCUCGCUGCUGAUGCAGGAGUGCAGCGGGCUGCAGGUGGCAGACAUGGUGGCCAUGCUUCAGGUCCUCCUGUGGGGCCCCAACAUCCCCCUCCAUCACAGCUGUGCCCAGGCCACUGUGCACAGCUGGCUCACCAUCGGGAGGGCCUUACUGCUGAUGAAGCUGGCAGAGAAAGGCCUGAUCCCAGAUCAGCCAGUCAUCAACUGGGAUGACUUCCUGUGUCUGCAGUAUCUGUCCUUGACUGAUCCAGAAACAGUUAUGAGGGCAGUUAAUUUGCUUUUGCUCACCAGCUGA